ACCACUCCUCAGUAAAGAUAGAAAGAGAGCAGUGAGUGAGACCCUCUCUCUCUCUCUCUCUCUCUCUCUCUCUCUCUCUCUCUCUCUCGGAAUCAAAUGGCUCUUCGACUGUCUCAACUGCCUUUGGCUUCCUCAUCUUAUUCAUCAUGCACUGCUACUCCUACUCCUGCUCAAUCCCAGUUUCUCUUCUUCCAACACCUACCUUUGAAUUACAGAACAAAAGUUACCCUUUCUCUCCACCACCGCCACCAACGAAAUAAUUCCAGACAAAUUCUAAUAUUAGUUGGUAAAGAAAAUGCUGAACUUGGUGUCUCCACCACUCAAGAAGACGAUAAUCAACCACCACUACCACAAGAUGCUACUCCUGAAGAACUAGAAUAUAUUCAACAAAUCAAAAGAGUGAUUGAGCUUCUAAAGAAAAACAGGGAUAUGCUCUUUAGUGAGAUUAAGUUAACCAUAUCUAUUGAAGACCCAAGAGAAGUUGAGCGUCGGAGAUUGCUCGGUAUCGAUGAUCCUGAUACUCCAACUAGGGAUGAUUUAGCUGAGGCACUGGAUGAGGUAAAUGAAGGAAGAGUACCUGAAAAUCGUGUUGCACUUCAAAUGCUUGCCACAGAAAUGCUUGAUUGGCCUAAUGUAGAGGUUCAAUCGAUAAAUAAAAAACCCAGCAAAUCUCUAUAUGCCAAGGCAACUAACACUGGUGUUGAUCCCAAAGUGGCUGCUAAAAGACUCAAAAUUGACUGGGAUACAGCUGCAGAGAUUGACGAUGAUGAGGAUAGUGACCAAGUAGACGUACCUGCCGCCGUGGGAUUUGGUGCGUUGUACUUGGUUACCGCUCUUCCAGUUAUCAUUGGAGUCUCCGUCGUACUGAUUCUGUUCUUUAAUUCUCUGCAGUAAUUGUUUUGCUUCUGACGUCUCUGUAGUUGAUGUAUAAUCCCCGAGUCUAAUAAAAUCAUUAGUCUAACUAGACUUGAGGCCAUAUUUCAAUGCGAAAAUCAAGUUGUUUCUUGUGAGCUUGACUGCAUCAAUUGUCAAACAGGCUACACGACUCCCCAAAGAAUUAUGUUAAAAACAGCCUGUAAGGAUUAAUGUUAGUUGUAAGUGUGCCUUACACACAAGUCAUUACUGUCUGUAAGUGUGUUAUACACACGAGUCCUGUUACUGUCUAUUACAGCUGUUAUUGGCGGGAUCCGAAGUUACGUUCAUCUCGAACCGGCAUGUUUCCGUAGAAGUCAAUUCAAUGAAACAUCCUACUUUGGAUAAGUUAGCUCGAA